UUAUUUUUUUAUAAGAAAAUAUGGCAAAUUGUUUAAAUAUAAUCUAAUGGCAACACUAAUUGAGGGUGAUGUAAAAUGUCAAAACUGAGCGCCAAAAUUGUUUACACUACAAUAAUAGUUGCAAAAACAAGCAAUUUAUUAAGCUCUUAAAAAUUGUAUUAAAUAAUUAUUGAUUGAAAUGUACGAGCGUAGUUCUUUGCGUUAUGCUCAUACUACGGGCUUCACUAGUUUAAUAUAUACGGAUAAUGGAGAAUAUAUUUUGACAUGUGGUUCAGAUGGCGAUGUUCGCAAAUGGCGAGGUAUAGAUGAUGAUGACCCCUCGUCCAACUGUUUAGGAGAAUACAUAAUUUGUUUGGCCCAAAAAGGGAACAAGUUAUUGGCGUCUACAGAUCGUAAUACAGUGCAGGCAUACACUUUCCCAGAUAUGGACCUCGACGGAACAUUAAUGCGUUUUACAGCGCCUGUUGUAUCUAUUAAGGUGAGGGAUGAUUGCGUAGUUGCUGGUUCUGAAGAUACAAAAAUAAAAGUAAAAAAUGGAGAGUUAGAGCCAAUUGAAUUAGAAGGACACAAAGGUCCAGUGCUGUCGUUGGAUAUACAUCCGAGUCUCAAUUUUUUGGCAUCAGUUGGUGGCGAGGGCAAUCUAAAAAUCUGGAGUCUAAAAGAAGGCAAAGAAAUUAAAACAGUUACAGGAUUAACUAAAAGCAACAGCUUUGAGAAUGCAACAUGUUUUGGAAGUCCUUGUUUUGAGCCAAGCAAUGGAAACAGUCUUGCCUAUGUUAAUGGCAAAAAAAUUCUUGUCCUAAGUACUUCAACGUGGGAAAUGCAAUUCUCCCUCACAGACGAUAAAAUUAAAGGAGAGUACACAUGUUGUCAAUUUUCUAAGGAUGGAUUAUUCUUAGCAGCCGCCACCGAUAAGGGGGAGAUUUCUGUUUUUGAUUUUAACAGCAGACAGGCUAAAAAAUGUGAAGCGCCGUCUAAUGAAUGUCAAAGUAUAACAUGCUUAGCUUGGAAUAGUAAAAAUAAUGGUGAAAUAGCUUAUUGUGACGCUUCAGGUCAGUUAGGUGUAUUGUUUUCUGCAAACGAUGCUCUUGAAGAUGACGCCAUGGAGGAAGACACUGGAAAUGGCGAUAAUGUUUUUGGUGAAAUAGAAUUCGCUGAAGAUGAUUCUAAAAGUGUUGAUAAGAGGGUGCUGGGUAUUGGGGAUGAUGCCAACGACUACGGCGAUGAUGAUGAUGAUGCAGUAUCAAUUGAAAAAUUAAAAAGUAAAAUUAUGUCUUACGGAAAUGGUGAUGUUCAAUGUGAUGAAGGAACCAGGGAUUCUAUUGAAAGAGGUCGUUCAGAAAGUCCAUCAAUUUCAGGAGCUGCUUACAUCAAAACAUUUAAACAGCAAUUACCCUUUCAGCCCAGUUCAACUCCCACCCACUUAGAACAUCGUUAUUUAGUGUGGAACAACAUUGGUAUAGUAACGUUGCACGCUGAUGGGUCGGAUGGAGCUAUAGAUGUUGAAUUUCACGAUGCUAGUGUACACCACUCGUUGCAUAUUCCAAAUUAUAAUAAUCAUAGUAUGGCAAGUUUAAGCUCCUCAGUUUUGGCCAUGGCAUCAGAGAGUUCGUCAAAAAUUGUUUGCAUAGCAUUAUCUGCUUCAGGAAAUAGAGAAUGGUCCCUGCAAUUACCAGAUUGUGAAAGUGUCGAAGCUAUAUGUGCAACAUCGAAAAUGGUAGCUACAGUCUCAAAUUUGCAAUUUCUUAGAAUUUUUACGGUGAUGGGAACACAAAGGGAAAUAAUUUCGGUACCAGGUCCGGUGAUAUGCAUGGCUGGUUAUGAAGAUAGAAUUUUAGUUUGCUACCACAGUGCCCCAUCGAGCGUAAAACAACAAAACAUACAGGGCAUGUUACUGCAGACAUCAGGCUUUAAAAUAAAGUGCCAAAAUAUAACAAUACCUCUUACGCCGGAAAGACAAUUGGUUUGGCUGGGAUUUUCUGAUUGUGGUUCCCCUGUUUUCUAUGACUCUAUGGGAUUGGUUCAGUUGUUUAAUCUGAAAUCGAAUUGUUGGUACCCAGUUUGCGAUACCAUGAAACAAUCCUCAAGCGUAUCGAAUAAUUAUUUUAUUAUUUCUCUUUCGGAAAGAUCACAAAUUCUUCAAGCCGUUCUUUGUCGAGGAACUUCAUAUCCUAUGACCACUCCGCGCCCAAUGGUGCAAGAGUUACAAUUGCAAUUGCCACUUUGUGAUAUAGAAAGUGAAAAAUCGUCCCUGGAAGAUUCCCUAUUACGCGCAACUAUAAUGUCAAUGGACAACGCAGAAAAAACAGUUAAAGAGACUGCCAUAAAAUUAUUUGCUUUGGCCUGUCGUAGUGAAAUAGAGGUAAGAGCGAAAGAACUUAUUGAAACCAUUGCUUGUACAGAUCUGCUAAUGCUGGCUGUAAAGUAUGCAACAAAACUGGGGAGGAUCCAUUUAUCAGAUAAACUUUCUGAUUUGCUGCCACAAAUUGAAGAAGAGCAACAAACAAGGGAACACGAAGAGCUCUUAGUUGAGCAAUCUCUACCAGCAUCACCCCUCAUUUUGUUAAAGGCCUAUCAAAAUGGUUCAUCUUCGAAUUCAAAAAAGUUAGCACCCAAGACAAUGGAUUUGGGUUCAGCAAAAAAAACGACUUUAAAAAGGUUUUCAUACAACAGUAAUUCCCCUUCAAUAUCUUUGUUCAAAAAAUCUACACACGAACAAAUUUUACCAUCGUCUUCAGAAACAUCUCAGGAAAAUAUCAGUAAUUCCGAAUUAGAUUCUCAAUUAUCAAAAAGCUCAUCGAAGGUUGAUGAAUCCAUUAUUACACGGACACCUUUAAAUUCAGUAAAUCCAUUUGCAUCUAAGCGCAAACUUUCAGACGUUGAUAAAACUAUAUUAAUGGGUUCUGAAAAAUUGAAAAUUGCUAAAAAAUAAAAAUUCUGUAUUCUAAGAUUUAUUUUUAAAAUUGUGUAUUUUAAAAUAAAACACAUUAUUUCAUAUGUAUGUAUUUGUUUUAAAAGUAUUGCCCUUUUACACUUUAACUAAAAAAGAAUAACAUUUGACCUAAGCUGGUUUAAUCAGCCUUCAAUUGGAUUUAUGGUUUAAGCAUUUUUUGCUAAAUUACAAGCAUUUAGAAUACUAUAAAGCUACACUUUAUUUAACUCUUUUUUGGAAGAUUCUAACGAUUAAAACAGUAAUUAAUAUUGUUUGUUUGUUUGUUCUUUAAGUUACUUAGUUUCGAAAACUAAGAUUUAUUUGGCCAGUAAUUAAAAUUAUACAACGCCAUCACCAAUUCUAGCUAGAAAAAACUAGCUCAUAUGUUCCAAUUAAAAACUUGGGUUAAGUUAACACGAUUGCACAUGGCCAAUUAUGCACCUCAAGAAAAACUGUAACUCGGUACAGUUAUCUGACGUCACACAUUAGCCAAUGCUGUUUGAAACGUAAAACUCUCGAAGGCAGAGCAAAAAGGACGGCCUGAUUACCCUUAAGCGAUAAUGGCAACGACGCACGACGGUCUUCCUCCACCCAGAGCUGAAUUACGAAUCAGUAAUUAAUAUUGUUUACUACCACAUUAGAUGUAUGUAAGGCUAUGAUAGUACCACAGCAUGUCUAUUUAUAUACGCGAAUCAGCUGUUGGACAAAACAUACACAUGCGGAUACAAAAAUAGUUACAUACGUAUUCCGCUCGAGUAUAAGAAAUAUGGAUUGAGAAAUACUUUUGGCAGGCAUAUACAUUGUUUUGUGAAUUGAUUAGUAGUGAACUAUUCCAAAAAAUAUCUCAUGUAUUAUUUCCAUUGUUCAAUAAACACAAUUUAUUAAUUAUAUGUGUUAUAAAUAAAUAUAUUAAAUACAUACAUCCCUAUUUUUUUAAACACAUAUGUCUGUAUGUCUUACUCCAUAUGUAUUCUAAAAUAUUAGGCAGGCCCAAAAACAAAUUUAUCUUAAACUAAGGUAU